AUGUCUCUAAUCAUUGUGUUUACCAUAUCCUGCCUGAUAAUUUCCGCUGACGCUGCCACAUCCUCCACAGCUGUCGACACAACAACCGAAGACGCAACAACCGCAGGCGCUGCUGCGUCCGGCGCGACCGGCAGCGCUGCUGGCACUUGCGCCGACGCCGCAACCAACUGCGCUCAAAUGGCGCAUCUGUGCGCAAAUCCCGUGUACAUACAGAUCAUGCAACAGCAUUGUGCUCAGACCUGUCAAGCCUGCAGCAACCUGUGCAAUGACGCUAGCCCCAGGUGAGUUAUGUUUUCAAAAUCGAGAAUCAUGCAGUUAGCCUGUCGGGAAAAUAAUGAGCACUCUGUCGCUUCGAAAUCGCAUAGCCUCCGAAAAAAUUAGUUGUGUUGCGAGAAAAUCAAAUUGCUUUUCACUUCAGCGACGCGACCGGCGCAGCGACAUCGGCUCGUUAUUCUCUGGGCAUACUGGUAGCGCUUGUUUGA